AUGGUGGCCGAUGACAGCAAUACCACGCCAUAUGCAAUCGUUUCAGUGGGCCUGGCAAGCCAGAUGGCUCUGGCCGUGUACGGGGCAUGCGAAGGUAUGGCCUCGUCUGGUGCUGCAUCAAUCCUACACAGCCAGAAUAGAUCAAUCCUUGGGCCUACGUACUUUAUCAUGAUAAUGAUCUCAACGAUUUUCUUCAGUAGCUUUCUUGUUGCGCUAAUUGUUGCAACAAACAUAGACGCUACGCUGGAUGUAUCAAAGAGCGUGUCAUAUUUCUCAGCGUGCAUGAUGGUUGGAAUAACAUCUGCUGUUUCUGGAAAAGUUUGUGCUUGCCUUGGAAAGCGAGGAUUCAGGAUCCUGUCGGAAAAGCCAUCAUUCUUGCCAAUCCUGAUCAUACUCUUUGGAAUGAUAGAGUUUGUACUAAUCAUCGUGUUUUCAUGUGCCUUGUUAAUGGUGUACCAACCAUAG